AUGUACCUACCGUCCCUCAAAAAUACACCGAGGAUACACAUCCCACCCUGGUGCUUCUCCAUUAUCCUCGCCGUGACAUACCCCAACCCCGUCUUCGUCUCGUACUCAUACUCAUACUCAAACUCAAACACAAACCAUCCCCUACACUUACCGUCUCCAGCUCCCACGACUGUUGACCUUCAGCCGAUCGAGUUCGGAUCCAGUGAAGAAAGGCAAGGCGGGAACCCGGAAGAUACACGUAUCGCAACUAGUAGCCGCAGCGAUGAUCGGCCGGUUGGAUGCGAAGAGGCGUCUGAGAGACUCGGACUAAGACACGGGGGGUGCAUUCGUGAAUUGGAAACUACGGCGAUCAACUACGGCGAUCACUACGGCGGCAUCUGCCGGCAGCAGGCAAGUUUGUCCCACCUCUGUAUUUCUACGCCUUCCUCCAUUGUAUACCCUAUUCAACACGGAAACGUACAAAGCAGAUAUCAGGAUUCUCGCCUGAUAAAAGUGCCAUCGCGCGUUGCCCCUCAAGCCGCUCGCAAAGACAGGCACUUGGCCCCCUAUUGGAUUCGCUUCUAUUCCCGAUCCCCGCCGGACCUAAUCACACCCAACACAUCGUGCUCGAUAGGGCAUUUCGACGACAGCGAGGCUAGCGAGAGCAUCGAUGGUACUGGAGGAUGUUGGCCUGAGAUAGGUGUGGAAGAUGGUGGACCAACACGAAGAUGGGCGGAGAACGUCCGUAUAAAGGACGCGUACAAUGUAUUGGACCAUGAGAGCGGUGGUGUAGAGUGCCUAGACGUCUGA